AUGUCUAAUAAUACUAUUAUAACAAAUAGUGCAGACAAUAAUACAAUAGAUAUCAAAAUGGCUUUCGAUCCAAGAAUAUAUGCUAAUUUUUAUAUAAAUAAAGCUUAUCCAGGAACAGAGGAUAUUGUUGUAACAAAGACACAAAAUUAUAACAAUUUGUCCGAAGGAUACCAAUGUGGCAUUGAUAUAGUGAAUCCAACACCAUGCGGCAUAGCUUCAUAUUGUCCACCUGAAAAUAGAAUCUUUGAAAGCGGCGAAAUAUCAAAAUUAUUAGUCGAUCAAAGAUUGACACAAGGAAUGAAAUUGAAUCCUUUAUCAAAGACAUUCGAUAUUGAAUUUACAAAUCUAGGUCUAAAUGGCAUUGAAAUUAUCGGUGGUAUUACCGGAAGUUUACAACACGGAAGAACUUGUGCAAUUAUGGGACCAUCAGGUGUUGGUAAGACGACAUUAAUAGCACUUUUAACCGGCAAAGCUAAAAGAUCAAAUGGCAUUAUAAAGG